CCAGCAGGUCGGGAUUCUUUACAUUCCGUCGCCUCACCUAUGAAGCGAGAAACUCGGCGAGGGCGGGAACUCGAAGCACUUGAAGAAAUUAUUAGAGUGGAAUUUUGAUCCGCCCUCUCCUCUGUACCCCCUCUCUCUCUCUCUCCCCCAUGCCCCCAAAUCCCCAAGAUCGACGAAACCCUAGCCCUAGAUCAACACCAGAUCCAGAGGAGGAAGGAGGAGGAAGAAUGUGGGAGAGGAGGCGGGCUCCGACCUCUCCGAAUCCAGCCCCCUCGACUUCCCAGAUCAUCCCCCGAUCAAAUCAAGAAUCCACAUCGAACAACAACAGAAAGAAGAAGAAGCCGACGGCCAAUUUCGCGGGCAUCUGGACGCGAGAAGACGAGAUCAAGAUCCUGGAAGGCAUCAUCGAGCACAAGAAGAAGAACGGCGGCGAGAUUCCCAAGGCCACCCCCUCGAUCCGAACCCUGCUUUCCGCCAUUGCCCCGUCCAUAAGCUUCGCGGCCACCGUUCGCCAGCUGCAGGACAAGAUCCGGCAUUUGAAGGCGGGUUACGACAAAGCUUCGGAUUCCAAGAAACCUCAGGCUACGGGUCACAAGGAAAUUGUUUAUCGACUUUGUGAUAGGAUUUGGCCAGCGAGUCCUGCGACCAAGGAGGAGGGCGAGGGGCAUAGUUUUUAUGAUUCUGAUGAUUAUCCUGAGUUGAGGAUUGCAGUGGAGAGGCGAGCUGGGUACCUGAUAUUUGAGGAGAUCGUCGAGUCUCUGAACAAAGAUGAGGCAGAAUCUUUCAAUGCGAGGUUUUUGAAGCUGAGGGAGGAUGAGAAGGAGCUCUGGAAGGAAAUUCACGAGCGUCUCCUAUGACGAUGAUGGAUUCAGUGUAUAAAGGAUGUAAAUGGAGAAACUGAGUAGGUGUUCAUUUCUGUUGGUGGCUUGUGGUAUCCUUGAACUCUUUCUCAAGGUUCCCUUAGUCAGGAAUUUGAUUUCGACACAGAGAUAUUGAUGUGAAGCUAAUACUGAUCUUGUACAAGUGUAAAUAUGAAACCUUGAUUCUGAGUUGUGCUCCAAAUUUGACCUACUUUGGUGGAAAUCGAUCGACCUGGAUGAUGAUGAUGUCAUUUCAUUACGGACAUCAUAAUGUUGAUCUAUUACCAGCCUCAUGAACUGUUGUAUCUUGAGAUAUAUGUACAUGACUUGUCUUUGCAUGCAGCUCAAAUCAGUUCUGAAAUCA